AUGGAAACUAGAUCUCUAAGAACUAAAAAUAAUAAAAAUAUAAAAUUUGAUUAUUCUACUGUUAGAACAAAUUAUAAAUAUCAUGAUGAUAUAAAAUCAACACGACUUUAUAAUCUUCCCGAAGGUAAAACUUAUUAUCCAACCUGGAAAGAAUUCAAAGACCCCUAUAAAUAUAUUACUAGUAUUUCUAACGAAGGAAAGAAUUAUGGAAUAAUCAAAAUAAUUCCACCAGAGGGUUGGAUUCCUGGUUGCUCAUUAGACAUUGAAACAUUUAAAUUUAAGACUCGUAUACAAAAAGUUAAUAUGAUGGAGGGAGAAACUAGAGCAAAGUUAAAUUAUAUUGAACAACUACAACUUUUUCAUGACCAACAAGGUCGACCGUUUACAAAAUUGCCUCAAUUAGAUAAAACACCCAUUGAUUUACAUAAACUUGCCAGAGCGGUCUAUGAUAGAGGAGGGCCAUUGGAGGUGAUUGGGAAAAAUAAACAAUGGGCAGAAGUUGCUAGAGAAAUUAAAGAAGGAGGUUAUUCCAAGACAUGCACAUCAGCAUCUAAAACAGUCAAAGAACGUUAUUAUGAGUUUAUCGAGCCAUAUGAAAGGUAUGUGGCCAAUUCAAAACAAGAACAUCUAAAACCAAAUAGAAAUCAAUUUGACAUUGACGAUGAAAAUGAAUUGAUGGAUAAAAAUCAAGUACAUAAUACAUGUGAAGAAUGUGGCAAUACUUCAUCGGAAAUUGAUGGAUUAUUGCAUUGUAGUGGCGAUUGUAAUAAAUAUUAUCAUCCUGAAUGUCUUAAAAUCAAAAGAACAACCUUGCAUAAAAAUUCGAAAUGGUAUUGUCCCACUUGCUUGCUUAUGACCGGAAUCGAGUUUGGUUUUGAGGCUGGCGAAGAAUUUACAUUGGGUGAGUUUCAGAAACUGGCUGAUAAAUUUGAGGAAGAUUAUCUUGAAGAAUAUCCACUUCCACCAGGUAUAUCAAUUGAAGAUUAUAUCGAAUCGGAAUUUUGGAGGUUAGCUCAUAAAGUAGAUGAUGAUACAGAAGUUUAUUAUGGAGCUGAUGUAAAUUCUACUGAUUAUGGAAGUGAAAGAGAUUUAAAUAAUUCAUACAAAAACUGUGUUUGGAAUCUUAAAAAUCUUCCAAGAUUACCAGGAUCUUUACUUCAUCAUAUAACACCCGCCAUUCCAGGAAUGAUGCUUCCAUGGGUUUACGUUGGGAUGAUAUUUUCGGCUUUUUGUUGGCAUGUGGAAGAUCAUUACACCUAUAGUAUUAAUUAUAUGCACUGGGGGGCAACCAAAACUUGGUAUGGAAUUCCAUCAUCAAAUGCUUCAAAAUUUGAACUCGCUGCCAAAAAACUUUUACCUGAACUUUUCCAACAUCAACCAGAUCUAUUAACACAAUUGACCACUAUAUUGAAUCCAAAAAAACUGGUCGAAGAAGGCAUAGAAGUGUAUGCUAUUGAUCAGAGGCCAAACCAAUUUAUAGUCACUUUUCCACAAGCCUACCAUUCAGGUUUUAACCAAGGUUUAAAUCUUAAUGAGGCGGUUAAUUUUGCACUUCCUGAUUGGAUUGGUUAUGGAUACGACUCAGUUAAAUUUUAUAAAGAUAUUAAAAGAUUGCCUGUUUUCUCUCAUGAAAAGUUACUUCUUCAAAUAGGAAUAGCAAAUCUUUCAAAUUACGGUACUAUGAAAUGGUUGAAGGAACCACUUACUGAAAUAUGCAGAGAAGAAAUUAAGUUACGUCAUGAAGUUACUACCAAGCUGGUCAUUUCUCAACAACCAAUAUUUUGCGCCCAGGAUCUGAACGAUGAUAUUGAGAUGCAAUGUGCUUAUUGUAAUGGAUUCAGCUAUCUUUCAUCGUUACAUUUCAAAUGUUCAAAAAAAAUACUUUGUUUAGAACACGCAGUUCAAUUUUCAUCAAAGAUAUGUAAGUGUUAUGAUAAGCCAUGUCAUUUCCUGCAACUUAUGAUUCUGGAUUUUCAUUUGAACGAAUUAAUCAUAGCUAUGCAAAAAACUGUUCAAGACGCCAUGAAUGAUAUGAUGAUGAUUAAUAACUAUAUUGAAGAAGUGGAGAAACCACAUAUUCACGUAUUGGAAUAUAUUGAUUAUAGGAUAAAAGAAGGGGGGCUUGAUAUAAAGAUUCAGGAUCUUUCUAGCUAUAUUAAAGUAUCCAAUGAUUGGUCGCAAUGCGUUAAAUUGUUAUGUCACGAAAUAGCACAAAGAAUAUGGUUAUUAAAUUAUCACAAAGUUCCAUUUAUAAAAUUUAAUUACCAGGAAUUUAUUCAGAAAUGGCUCGAGUUGAUCAGAUAUGUUUAUUUAGCAAAUAACGAAGACAAACCUCCAUUAAACGAAAGACAUUAUUGUUUCUGUAGAAAUCCAGAUGAUUUCAAUAUGAUGAUUCAAUGCGACAGGUGUAAAGAAUGGUAUCAUUGUGCAUGUGUGAAUUUGAACAAAGAUGAAAUCCAAAAUUUUGAUACAUGGUUUUGUGCAAUCUGUCAAGUUGGUAUUGAACCCGUCAUGAUGAAAAUCUCAAAUACUAUUAAUGUCACGACCGCUUUAUGUAAAGCAGCAGAAGAAUUUCCAUUUGUACCACAAAAUUAUGAAGAAUUAAAAGAAAUAUCAACAAAAAUUAAUUCUCUUACUGGUGAUAGUUAUUUUCAUUUACGUAGAUUGGUUGGCUUAGGUUUGGGAGUUGCAGUCGAUGGCUCUGAUACAAUUAUCAACUAA